GAGGAAGGAAACGGAGGAGGGGGGGGAGGGAGGUCCCUGUUUUGGUGGAGCUGGAGAGCGUUGCCGGCCCCUGAAGUGGAGCGAGAGGGAGGUGCUUCGGCGUUUCUCCUGCCGGGGGAGGUCCCGGCUUCCCGCGGCGGCUCCGGACCAAGCCCCUUCCACAGCUUCUCCCUCCGGAUCGAUGUGCUGCUGUUAACCCGUGAGGAGGCGGCGGCGGCGGCGGCGGCGGGCGGAAGAUGGUGUUGCCGAGAGUGUUAAUUCUGCUCCUGUCGUGGGCCGCGGGGCUGGGAGGUCAGUAUGGAAAUCCUCUAAAUAAAUACAUUAGACAUUAUGAAGGAUUAUCUUAUAAUGUGGACUCAUUACACCAAAAACACCAGCGUGCCAAAAGAGCAGUCUCACAUGAGGACCAGUUUUUACGCCUAGAUUUCCAUGCCCAUGGAAGACAUUUCAACCUACGAAUGAAGAGGGAUACUUCCCUUUUUAGUGAUGAAUUUAAAGUAGAAACAUCAAAUAAAGUACUUGAUUAUGAUACCUCUCAUAUUUACACUGGACAUAUUUAUGAUUAUCCCCAUAAAUAUGGUCCACAGGGGGGCUGUGCAGACCAUUCAGUGUUUGAAAGGAUGAGAAAGUACCAGAUGACUGGAGUGGAGGAAGUAGCACAGACACCUCAAGAAGAACAUGCUGCUAAUGGGCCAGAGCUCCUGAGGAAAAAACGUACAACUUUAGCUGAGAGGAACACGUGUCAGCUUUAUAUUCAGACUGAUCAUCUCUUCUUUAAGUAUUAUGGAACACGAGAAGCUGUGAUUGCUCAGAUAUCCAGUCAUGUUAAAGCGAUUGAUACAAUUUAUCAGACCACAGACUUCUCUGGGAUUCGGAACAUCAGUUUCAUGGUGAAACGCAUAAGAAUCAAUACAACUGCUGAUGAAAAGGACCCCACAAAUCCUUUCCGUUUCCCAAAUAUUGGUGUGGAGAAGUUUCUGGAAUUGAAUUCUGAGCAGAACCAUGAUGACUACUGUUUAGCCUAUGUCUUCACAGACCGAGAUUUUGAUGACGGUGUUCUUGGUCUGGCAUGGGUUGGAGCACCUUCAGGAAGCUCUGGAGGCAUCUGUGAGAAAAGCAAGCUGUACUCUGAUGGUAAGAAGAAGUCCCUGAACACUGGGAUUAUCACUGUUCAGAACUACGGGUCACACGUGCCUCCCAAAGUCUCUCACAUCACGUUCGCUCAUGAAGUCGGCCAUAACUUUGGAUCUCCACAUGAUUCUGGAACAGAGUGCACACCAGGAGAAUCUAAGAAUUUAGGACAGAAAGAGAAUGGCAAUUAUAUCAUGUACGCAAGAGCAACAUCUGGAGACAAACUUAACAACAAUAAAUUCUCACUGUGUAGUAUUAGAAACAUAAGCCAAGUUCUAGAAAAGAAGAGAAACAACUGCUUUGUUGAAUCUGGCCAGCCCAUUUGUGGAAAUGGAAUGGUGGAACAAGGGGAGGAAUGUGACUGUGGCUACAGCGACCAGUGUAAGGACGAGUGCUGCUUUGAUGCCAACCAGCCUGAGGGGAAGAAAUGCAAACUGAAGCCUGGAAAGCAGUGCAGUCCCAGUCAAGGUCCCUGUUGUACAGCCCAGUGUGCAUUUAAGUCCAAGUCUGAGAAGUGUCGGGACGAUUCCGACUGUGCAAAAGAAGGAAUAUGUAAUGGCAUCACAGCUCUCUGCCCUGCAUCUGAUCCCAAGCCAAACUUUACAGACUGUAACAGACACACACAAGUGUGCAUUAACGGGCAAUGCGCAGGUUCCAUCUGUGAGAAGCAUGACUUGGAGGAGUGCACGUGUGCCAGCUCUGAUGGCAAAGAUGACAAGGAGUUAUGCCACGUCUGCUGUAUGAAGAAAAUGGAUCCAUCAACUUGUGCCAGCACAGGGUCUGUGCAGUGGAACAGACAGUUCAGUGGCAGGACCAUCACGCUGCAGCCUGGGUCUCCUUGCAAUGACUUCAGGGGCUACUGUGAUGUCUUCAUGCGGUGUCGAUUAGUAGAUGCUGAUGGUCCUCUUGCGAGGCUUAAGAAGGCAAUUUUCAGUCCACAGCUCUAUGAAAACAUUGCCGAAUGGAUUGUGGCUCAUUGGUGGGCAGUGUUACUUAUGGGCAUCGCCCUGAUCAUGCUAAUGGCUGGAUUUAUCAAGAUCUGCAGCGUUCACACCCCAAGUAGUAAUCCAAAGUUGCCACCGCCUAAACCACUUCCAGGCACUUUGAAGCGGAGGAGACCUCCACAGCCCAUUCAGCAGCCCCAGCGACAGCGGCCCCGGGAGAGUUAUCAGAUGGGACACAUGAGACGUUAAACUGCAGCUUUUGCCUUGGUUCUUCCUAGUGCCUACAAUGGGAAAACUUCACUCCAAAGAGAAACCUAUUAAGUCAUCUCCAAACUAAACCCUCACAAAUAAUAGUUGAAGAAAAAAAAAAUGGCAAGAGAUCAUGUCCUCAGACCAGGUGGAAUUAACUUAAAUUUGAAAGCCUGAAAAUUCCAAUUUGGGGAUCGGGUGGGGUGGGAUGGCAAAGGAACUCAAUUUUCUUAUGGACAAUAUUUUUAACCUAAUGGCACAAAGUCUUAGAAUAUCAUUCUGGGCCCGUGUUUCCUGUUCUUCGCUGCUGCGUUGUCUUCACUUGCAGUCAGACUUGGCUCUCGAUAGACUGAUACCACAAAGUGAAAUAGAUCUAUUUUUUUUUUCAACUGCCAAUCACGGAUUGGAGGCUCGACCACCUCAACAUUGGAGACAUACUUGCCAAUGUACAUACCUUGUUAUAUGCAGACAUGUAUUUCUUACGUACACUGUACUUCUGUGUGCAAUUGUAAACAGAAAUUGCAAUAUGGAUGUUUCUUUGUAUUAUAAAAUUUUUCCGCUCUUAAUGAAAACAAGCAAACAAACAAACUUACUGUUUAAUUGACAUACUCAGGAUAACAGAGUGGUGGUAUUCAGUGGUCCAGGAUUUGUAAUGCUUUCCACGGGCAGUUUGGAACCAAGAAUCAGUUUCCCUUUUCCUUAUGCUGGAGUUGGUUCUUCGUGCAUUUUCUCCCUUAUGGAAUGGCUGCCGUGAGCUGGAGGGGCUGUGCUGGGCAGAACAGUGGAGUGUGGUCAGACUGGACAUCCGCAUACCGCUCACAGCUAGCUCUUCAUGUACACGUCUGCUUUCUGCUUACAGAUGUGAUGCCUCCUAACCCGAAUCCUCUUGAAUUGCUUAGGUGAACUUGGAUUCAUGCUUUGGUAGCAGUUCUAUCCGUGAACCGAUUUCUUUUCAUUUGUUAGCCUACUUAUAUUUGUAUUUUUCAUCUAUCUAAAGUAUGCUAAUGUGCUUUUUGUUUGAUAAGGAAAAGAGAAGCUGUGUCUUCACAGAAACAUUUGAACAGGUUUUUCAGCAUAUUGUCACUGAUCAUGGCUAACCACUACAGACAGGAGUAGUUCAAGUUGUAGAUAGGCCUUCUGAUAUUCUUUCCCUGAGAUCCUUUAAUAGAACUGAAGGCAAAACAGCACAAUGUCCCAUUCCAAAUUUAUUUUGUAAGCAGAUGUAAAUAACUGGCUUUUUUUUUUUAAGAGAGAAAGCAAAAGCAUUUGAUGUAUUAACAGGCUUAUUGCUAUGCAGGAAAUGGAAGGGGCAUUACAAGAAACUUAAGCUUGUGACAUUAUUUACUGCUUCUGUUUUCCAGCUACAUCAUUUCAGUUAGAAAUAAACAGCUACAACUUCCUUUGCUUCACGUAAGAGGCAGAAUUAGGGAAGGCUGAGAUUUCUAUGGUUUGGCUUUUUUUUCCCCUUCUGUUGUUGCUGUUCCUUCCUUUUUCUUAAGAGUAUAAGGUUUACACAAUCAUUCUCAUAAUGUGACGCACGCCAGCAAGGCCAAAAAAUGCUAGAGAAAAUAAUGGGAUCUCUUCCUGUUAACUUGUACAGGAUGUGGUGACUUUUUUCAAAAUACAGCUUUUUGUACAUGAUUUAGAGACAAAAUUUUGUACAUGAAACCCCAGAUAGACUAUAAAUAAUUCUCGACAAACCAGUAGGUAGAUAUGUAUGAAAUUGCUUUUAAAUCAUUUAAAUGCCUUUGUUUUUGGACUGUGCAAAGGUUGGAAGUGGGUCUGCAUUUCUAAACUGGUGACUUUUAUUCUGCAAGAGUUCUUAGUAACUUCUUGGGUGUGGUAGACUUUGAGACAUGUACAUUUUUUUGCUUGUAAUGUUAUCCUGUGGUAGGGUUUUGGUGGGGACAGACUGCUCUGCUUUAUUUUUGAGUCUAAGUUAAAUGUGUUCUGAAAGGAGAUACAUGCACUGAACUCUUUCCACUGCAAAUCAAGAUGUGGUAAAAUGCAAAGAUCAAGAGACAUGAGAUCUAAUACUACUGUCAGUUUAAUGUCCACUGUGUUUUAUACAGUAUCUUUUUUUGUUCACUUUGGAAAUUUUUACUAAAAAUUGCAAAAAAUAAAGUAUUGUGCAAAGAUGUAAGGUUUUUUGAAACUUGAAAUGCAUUAAUAAAUAGACUUGAUGAAAUCAA